AUGUCAUUCCUUGAGCACAAGCCAUCGUGCCUGGCCACCUUGUUCCCUACCUUUGACCCAGCUCAAUACAGCAUAUUUCUGGGAACCCGGAAGGUUCAGGCCAAGUCAUUGGCCAUAAGACUCUGGCUUAAAAGGGAGUACCUGCUUCAGUACAACAACGCCAGACGCCGAAGGCCCAUCAAAAAUCCUGCUUUGACUCGUUGGACCUAUGCAAGAUCAGCAACUGUCUAUUCCAAUUUCAGACCCACUCUCAAGACCUCAUUCUUAGGAGCUGUGACUGGAAUUGACCCCCUCUUCUUCUGGCAUUACGUUUUUAAAACUGAUAGAGAUAUGAAAGAAAAACAUAUCCAGGAAGAAAAAUUGGAUUGA